ACCCGUCUCCCAUCUCACGGCUAAGUAAGUAGCUGAGUUUGGCAUAAGGAUGCUUGGCCAGAGACCUCAGCGGCGGCACUGGCAGGCUUCCCCUUUCUACAACUCAGAUUCAGAUAUUUGUUCCUUUGGGUCGCCUUCUACCUUCCUACCUUUAAGCUCCCAAACCCAAGGCAAAUAAUAUAGUCAAUCGCCUGUCUUCCAUUAGAGCUCCUCCAAGCACGCUCUCCUGCUGCUUCUCAGCCACCACAACAGCAGGUAAGAAUUAUCACAUCGCCAUUUCCUUCUUGCAUAUAUAUAUAUAUAGACUAUCUAAGUCUCUAAUUAUAUAGGUAGUUGAGAUGAUUAUAAAACGACGACUAUUGGACUAUAGCUUCCAAUUGCACCUUCCUUUCCUCGCCCAAAAUCGUGUCUUCCUCAACUUCUUCUUUUCAAUAUCACACAUCAAUUUACCUGCCAGUUUCAGUCCCACCAACCAUCUACAUGAUAUAGAAACCCAAAUAAGAUCCCUCUGCGAAAAACCCAACUCCCGAUUCCUUGAUGCGGUUGUGCUCUUUGACAAAGUUGUCGAUUCGGGUCUCAUCCCUUCUGGGCUGACCUGUAAUUUCAUUGUCAAAGCCCUUGUGAAGUCCCAAGAGUAUGAAUUGGCUCUCAAAGUUUAUAACAGGAUGACCCUUUUUCAAAAUUUGCCUGGUUUUCUCUCACUGAGUGCUAUCAUUGAGUGUUUUGUGGAUGCUCGUAAGCCCAAAUUUGCAGUUGCAGUGGUGGGGUUGAUAUUAAAGCGAGGAUAUAGUGUUAACAUGUACCUUGCCAAUACUAUAUUGAAAGGUUUAUGUCAAAAUAAUGAGGUUGUCAAGGCAAUGGAGUUUUUCCGUCAGUUGAAUAGGAAUUAUGUGCCAAUUGAUACACUUAGUUUUAACACUCUUAUGAAUGGACUUUGCAAGGCGAAGAAAUUGGAAGAAGCUUUGAGUUUGAGGGUUGAGAUGGAGGCGUUAAAUUGUUGUCCCAGUUUGGUCACAUACACUAUUUUAAUACAUGGUCUUUGUAAGGAGGGAAGAGUGGAUGAAGGGAUGGUUCUGUUGAAAGAGAUGAGGAUGAAGGGUUUGGAUGUCAAUAUUGUUGCAUAUGGUGCACUCAUAAAUGGUUUUUGCCGUAAAGGGGAUGUUGAUAGAGGGAAGGAACUCUUAAUUGAGAUUUUGGGGAGAGGAAUUUCUCCUAAUGUGGUUAUAUAUACUAGUAUAAUACAUGGUCUUUGUAAUAUGGGUAAGUGGAAAGAAGCCACUGCAAUGUUAAAUUCUAUGACAGACCGUGGGAUCCACCCUGAUGUUGUUGCAUAUACAGCUUUAAUCGAUGGACUUUGUAAAGAUGGGAGGGCCACAAAAGCUAUGGAGUUAUUGCAUUUGAUGCUAGAAAAGGGUGAAGAGCCAAACAUCAUAACAUACAAUGUUCUAAUCCAUGGACUAUGCAAAGAAGAAUUGGUGGUGGAUGCUUUUAAAAUUUUGGGAAUGAUGCUGGAGAAGGGAAAGAGGCCUGAUGUUAUUACUUACAAUGCGUUAGUGAAGGGGCUUUGUAAAAAUGGGAAGGUUGACGAGGCAAUGAUUCUUUUUCAUUCAAUGUUGAAUGAAAAGAAGUAUGUUAAGCCAGAUGUUGUGACAUAUAAUGUGCUAAUUCAAGGGCUUUGCAAAGAAGGCCGUGUUGAUGAGGCUGCAGGGAUUCAUCAUACGAUGGUUGAGAACAGGAACUAUGGUGAUAUUCUAACUUACAGUCUUCUCAUUGGGGCUUAUCUAAAUGCAGAGAAUGUUGAGAAGGCCAUGGGGCUUUGGAAGCAGGUACUUGAAUUGAGAUUUGUUCCAAACUCAUUUACCUAUGGUGUUAUGAUUAAUGGAUUCUGCAAAUUGAGUCUGGUUAAUAUUGCAAAAGGCAUUUUUAGUCAAUUGAGAACUCAUGGCUUUAGUCCUACCUUGUUCGACUACAAUACAUUGAUGGCAGCCCUGUGCAAGGAAGGUAGUUUGGAGCAAGCAAGGAGGUUGUUUCAGGAAAUGAGGAAUGCCAACUGUGAACCAGAUGUCGUCUCAUUUAAUAUUAUAAUCGAUGAAACUCUUAAAGCAGGGGAUAGUCAAUCUGCCAAAGAAUUACUCAUACAAAUGCUUCAUAGGGGUCUGACCCCUGAUGGUCUGACCUUUUGCAUAUUAAUAAAUAGGUUUCUGAAACGAGGACAAUUAGAGGAGGCUAAAAGUGUUUUUGAGAGUAUGGUUGCUUGUGGUUUCACACCGGAUACCUUGGUAUAUGAUUCUUUACUAAAAGGCUUUUGUUCAAAUGGUAAGACAAAAGAAAUCAUUGAUUUGCUCCAUCAAAUGGCCGCUAAGGAUGUCGUUCUUGACUCAGAAAUAACUUAUACAAUCUUGACAUGUCUUUGUGAUAUCUCUGAAGAUCUCAACAUAAUGGAGCUUCUGCCAAGUUUUUCCCAAGAAACUUCUGAAGGAUCAGGCAUUUCUUGCAAUGAGUUGUUGAUGAAACUCCAUGAGUCUCUACCUGAGCUUCAAUUAAAUGCCUCUUAAUAAAUUUCACCUCGAGAAGGACAGAUCCGCACUGUAAAUAUGGGCCGCUCUCUUUGGUGUCAAUAUAGUUUGUUUGAGUAUGGAUAGUCCUCAUCAAACUACUGAAGUAGAACAAAUACAGAGUGUUUACCAAAAUCACCAAGUGAAUGGAGGACCUGAUGCAACAUUUAGUUUUCUUAUGUUUGGAGAGUAAUGUAGAGGAUGCUUUUUUAGUGAGGUUCAUACAUUCUACAGGGUUAUCUCCCUAAGAUUGUAAUUCACU